GACAAAUCAUACACUGUUUACUUCUUGGGGGAAGGUAAACACGUCUCCCUGAUUCCCUCAGUAAACAAACACUGACUGCUGACACUUAACAGAGAGAACAGUGAUAGUUAAGAAGGAGAGGAGAUAAUAAAGAAAAUGGUGGAGGAGGAAGAGGUUCAUCAGGCCUCAUACCUGGGCAAAUAUGAGGAGGUUAAGGUCAAGGUGCUCGCUCAUAAUCGUCUUCUCACAGCCACUGACGAUAGUGGGCGGCAUCCAUUGCAUUGGGCAGCCUGUGGGGGACACGAGGAACUUGUCAGCUUCCUUAUAGAGCACGGAGCACCUGUCGACAAGUCUGAUGAUUGUGGUUGGUCACCAUUAAUGAUCGCAUCUUCAGCUGGGCGAGAGCAAGUGGUGAGGCUGAUGAUUGGCCGUGGAGCUAAUGUUAACACCAAGAAUAAUGGGGGCCACUCAGCACUCCAGUACGCUGCAUCCAAGAAUCACCACGAGAUUGUGAGUAUAUUGAUGAACAAUUGGGCUGACGUGAAUUUACAAGAUAAGCUGGGAGCAACACCUCUGCACCGUGCUGCAUCGAAGGGCAACAUACGUGCCAUGAUACCCAUCCUGCAGUGCAACAGGUGUUCCAUCAACCUGCAAGACUCAGAGGGUAACACUCCACUACAUCUUGCUUGUGAGGAGGAGCGUCUCGAGGCAGUGCGGCUGCUCCUGGAACAUGGUGCUAGUACACAAAUAUGCAACAAGGCCAGAAAAACAGCACUAGAGAUGACAUCCUGCCCUUCUAUCCGUCGUCUCGCACAUAUGAAUGAAAUGUGACAAGUCUAGCCUACUUUUAAGUUACCAUUAUGUCCUUUAAGUUUAUUGAUAUAAUGAAUAAAGUGGAUAUGCAAAGAUACAGAUGUACUCUUCUGACACAACAUUAUUGACGCCCCUGUAAGUUUAUCGGUGAUUGUCCACUUAUUUUGUAACUACAGUAUAUAUUUCACUUUACCUUUUUAGGGGGUAACACCAGUGGUGGUAGAGUAGAGGUUCAUUUACUACUCAUAGUGCUUUAAUACAAGUCUAAGUGUGUUAAAACAAUGCCUGUUUCAACAUACAUUAUAAAGGAUGCCAUUAACAAACUCCAAACAGUAUUCAUCAACUUAACAAUUCCAAUAUUGUUGAGAUUUCAUAGUACAGUAUUAUGCUUUUUGAUGAAAAUAAUAUGUACCAAAUUGUAAGUGUCAAUGUGAAGUAAACCAUUUAGCAAAGAGUCAGCCAGCAAACUUAAAUGGGUUCUGUUUUAAUCAUGUCAUAUAUAGUGCAGUACAGUAGGCUGAAGUCAAUAGUGAUAAGCAGUGUGAGAAAAGUCUUGAGUAGUGAUUGUCAGCUCUGUCAUGAUGUGGGUAAAAAAAAAUAUAUAUAUAUAUUUUUUUUUCAAUAAAUAUAUAUAUUCUCAGUAAGUAUUGAUUCAGUGCUCAUUAUUGAGUUCCUCUUUAGGAGUUUUUCUUAAAUUAGAAACAGACCUGAUAACCACAGUCUUUGGGGGUCAGCCCCACAGCUGCUGCUCAACAUUGUCAAUUUAACAUUUACAUUUUCUUGAUAUUUCCUUAUCCACUCCCACAUACAUAGGAUGAAUUAAGGGAAAGAAGAACCUCUUGUUCAUAUUGAAAAUAAAUAUGACUCAAUCCUUGUUCUCUUUAUGUUUUUGAUCUAUGAUGAUUGUUUCUUUUUUGCACAUUCUGUAUGAACGAUUGUGUGUGCAUGUAACAGUAUAAAAAAUAAAAAUAAAAUAAAAUUA